UCCGUCCAAACCUGUUUUAUCCCAGAGCCCUGAAGGUGCAGCUAGCCAGCAAGGAGAAAGGCGCAAUAAUACAAGCGAAUGCAGCUUGACAAACGGCACUGCGAGGGCGUCACGUAGCAGCCUACUGCAGCCUAAAAUCGUUAAGUAAAACCUCCGGUAUUUUAUACAGACGACAAUAAUACUCGUUAAUCUAUAUCGAUGGCUUGAUUUUAUCCUAUCUUCGGUCGGUGGGUUUCGGUAAAGGCACGGCCAGGGCUCGUGCCUUCGAGAUGCACGGUGGCUCCUGCUGCCGCCAACCGCUGCAACACACCACGGAAACCGCCACCGGCCCGGUUCUAUCAUGGCUUUCAAACGGAGAGCGAGGAGGAUGCGGCUAGGGCUGGGGCGCUAUCGGGUGGGGCCUAUGUGGCUCUGGAAGGCCCUGCUGGUGUUCGUGGCUAUCGCCUUCGCUGGACAGCUACUGGGGGUCAUCUUCAACAAAAGCCUCCAGCAGGAUAGGUCGCGGCCGCUGUUCUCGUCCGACGGCCAGGGCUCGUCUCUGGGCUCCUGUCGGCCCCACAGCCACGUUAUGUUCCUGAAGACCCACAAGACAGCCAGCAGCACUGUUCUCAACAUGCUUUACCGAUACGGAGAGGAGAGGGAUCUGUGCUUCGCCCUGCCUCUGGGGUACCAGUUUGGCUACCCCCUCCCCUUCAACGCACACAGGGUCAAAGGUUAUAGAGGGCCCCACGUGGCCGAGUUCAGCAUCAUGGGAAACCACAUGCGCUUCAACAAACCAGAGGUAGAGAAGGUGAUGCCAGUGGACACCUUCUACUUCUCUAUCAUGCGUGACCCUGUAGCGCUGGCCGAGUCAUCCUACGCCUAUUACAAAGCUGUCGCCCCCGCCUUCAAGAAGGCCAAAGGCCUGGGAGACUUUGCCGACAACCCCAGGAAGUACUACGACCCUCGUCUCCGUAACAACCACUACGCCCGCAACCUGCUCUGGUUCGACUUCGGCCUGGACCACAACGCCAACUUCUCGACCACACUGGCUCGACGUGGCGAAGCAGCUGUCCGACGCGCCUUCAAACUCAUCUUGGUCUCUGAGCACUUUGACCAAUCCAUGGUCCUGCUCCGUCACGCCCUCUGCUGGCCGCUGGACGCCGUCGUCUCCUUCAGCCUCAACGCCCGCCAGCAGAAGCCCAGCGGAGGCAGCUCCUGGGUGGGUAAAGCGGCUGCUGCGCAGCCCCCUGCCCUGGCUCUCACAGACGACCAACGUCUAAAGCUCCGCGAGUGGAACGCCUUGGACUGGCACCUCUACCAGGCCUUCAACCGCUCCUUCUGGAACGAGGUGGAUCGCUUCGGGAGAACCAGGAUGGACCAGGAGGUCGCCCUUCUCCGGACCCGCCGGGAGGUGCUGGCCCGGGCCUGCCUGAGGGACGGCGGGAGACCUGUGGAGGCCAGCCGCAUCCGCGACAAGACCAUCAGGCCCUUCCAGAGCGGCUUGGUGAAGAUCCUGGGAUAUGAGCUCCAGCCUGGGCUGGACAACGCUACCCAUCAGGCCUGUCUGAGGAUGAUCAGGCCGGAGAUCCAGUAUAAAGACCUGCUAGACGCCAGGCAGUUCCCCAGGGCUGCUCCCCAGGCUGCCCAAGCUCAGGCCCCGGCUAUCCCUGCUGGGGGAGCCUACGUGAGGAAAGACCCUUCCUCCCAACUCAGGACAGGAGAGCUGGGGGUGGGGGAAGGAGGAGGAGUAGGAGUGAGGACGGGGGAGGACGGGAGUCGGUUAUCUCGUAGUAAUAAUAAUAAUAACCAGACAUUGCUGCGAGGAGGAGGAGGAGGGAAAGGGAGGAUAAGAUAGUUUUCCAUCCAGAAUUCACUGCCUUGAGAGAAUGGAGAAGACAAAAACCCUGACUGAGCCUGUGUAUUCUUACUCAAGCACUUGUUGAGUAUUUCUAUUACUAAAGUACUCAAGAGACUUGUUGGAAAAAAUACCCAUUCUUCCUCCAACCCUGCUGCACCUCUACUUUACUGUACAUUCUCUUUCUUCUGGCUGAACUUACGACUGGUUAUGACUAUUUCAUGUUCAUAUGGACUUUAUGAAUGCUGUGGCUGUUUUUCAAUGGGACUUGAAAUGGAAUUGCAUUGCAUUCAGUGGGCCAGAUGUCGUUCAAAACGUCUGCUUCUCUGAUCGAGAGAGAAAGUUACAUUUGGUGGUCCAACUGCUACGUUCAACAUAGUCUCCUGCACGAUCGAGAACUAAGCCAGUCGGUUUUUGUUUUUAGAAUAAUAACUAGGCUAUUACCUUUCUUGAACACUAACACAGAUGGCCUAUAUGAUAUGACAGCAGCCAGCAGCCAGGCAGUCAGACAUAGCUACAUAUGGGAGAGGAAGGAUUCCCAACUGAUGUGAGUUGCAUGUUCUGACUGAGAAUAGGAAUAGGAAUGGACUCCAUCCCUUUGAACGCAGUGUGUCCGGUGUAGAAAACCAUAUGAAGCAGUAGAGGCUGGUGAGGGGAGGACGGCUCAUAAUGGCUGGAAUGCAAUGAAAGCAACAGUAUCAAACACAUGAUACCGUUCUAUUCAUUCCGUUCACCAGCCUCCACUGUUACGAAGCCAGCAUUGGAGAGCAGUGAAUCUCAGAAUAGGCCUAACUGUGAUGUAUCCAAGAUGGGAGUUAGGAGAGAAAACUCUUAAGUUAACCCAUGGUACUUUGAUAGGAAUGGAAGUGUACAGCAGUAAUGUACUGUAUCUGAACUGAAGCAAUGUGGUUGAAUGGAUAGCUAGCAUGUCUGACUUUGAACCUUUUAGUGUGGCUUUCAAUAGAUACAGUAAUAUUGGAUACACAGUGUUUCCCUGACUCAAUGCGGGUGUUAAAUGCGAGCUACACAGCAAAUGGGCCAGUGUUACUUAGUGUUGAUUUUUCAGUGUAACAUUUCUAGUGUUGAUUCAGAUGUUAAAUUAACUCGGUAAGUGUUACAUUAACACUGUUUGGUGUAAAAUAACCCCAGUGUUGGUGUUAAUAACCAGUGUUAAACUAAAACCACAUCCA